AUGGAUCUGUUCAAAGAAAAUGUCCACUCUCAGCCACCCUGCAGCGCCGGAGUGGAGGACAUGCUUUUCUACACCAUCACUGGAGGGAAAGAGCAGGUUCCCAUUGCCCAGUUUAACUCAGCCCUGAAACAGACCGGCCUGCUCCCGUCAGACCCGCGCCUCAGGGACUGUAUGGAGAAGCUGCGUCAGGCGGUCAGGCAGGCAGUCGGGGACCUCAUGAUGGACAGAGACCUAUUUCACAGGUGCAUGGGCGGAAGCAUCGUCCUGCUGAUACAAGCCUUCAGGAGGAAAUUCAUUAUCCCGGAGUUUGACAUUUUUGCAAAGCAGAUAAACCACAUCUACUACAAAGUGGAGAAACAAUCUGAUGGAAAAGUGGCAGACUACAUUCCGCAGUUGGCAAAGUUCAACCCGGAGCUGUGGGGUGUUUCUCUGUGUACAGUGGACGGUCAGAGACACUCAGUGGGCGACACGAAGCAGCCGUUCUGUCUGCAGUCCUGUGUGAAGCCCCUGCAGUACGCCAUCGCGGUGCACGAGAAGGGCACUGACGCCGUGCAUCAAUAUGUGGGGAUGGAGCCCAGCGGGGUCAAGUUCAACAUGCUCUCGCUCGACGAUGAAGAUAAACCCCACAAUCCCAUGGUGAACGCCGGAGCUAUAGUAAUCAGCUCACUUAUCAAGCCCCACACGAACAAAGCGGAGAAGUUCGACUAUGUGAUGGAGUUUGUGAAGAGGCUGGCAGGACAAGAGUAUGUUGGGUUCAGUAAUGCAACGUUCCAGUCCGAAAAAGAAACGGGUGACAGAAAUUUUGCUAUUGGAUACUACAUGAAAGAGAAGAAGUGUUUUCCUCCUGGCGUCGAUAUGAUUGAUGCUCUCGACUUCUACUUUCAGCUCUGCUCCAUUGAGGUGAACUGCGAGUCGGGAAGCAUCAUGGCCGCCACUCUGGCCAACGGAGGGAUCUGCCCCAUCACCGGCGAGCGUGUGCUGAGUGCGGAGGCUGUGAGGGACACGCUGAGCCUCAUGUACUCCUGUGGGAUGUACGACUUCUCUGGAGAAAUGGCCUUCCAUGUGGGCCUUCCUGCCAAGUCUGGAGUGUCCGGGGCCAUUCUUUUGGUCAUUCCAAAUGUGAUGGGGGUCUUAUGUUGGUCUCCUCCGCUGGACCGGGUCGGGAACAGCGUCCGGGGGAUACACUUCUGUCAGGAACUUGUAUCCCAUUUUAACUUCCACAAUUACGACAAUCUACGGCACUUUGUGAAGAAGGAAGAUCCCCGCAGGACACAGGGAGACGACAGGAACAAAUCAGUGUUUAGCCUGAUGUUUGCUGCGUACAGCGGAGACGUGUCGGCCUUGAGACGGUUUGCAUUAUCCUCUAUGGACAUGGGCCAAAAAGACUAUGAUGCCAGAACAGCCCUCCACAUAGCUGCAGCUGAGGGUCACGUAGAUGUGGUCCGGUUUCUUACAGGCACCUGUAAAGUUGAUCCAUUUAUAAAAGACAGGUGGGGGAAUCAGCCGAUAGAUGACGCGAUGCAGUUUGGGCAUGUGGAUGUAGUGGCCGUGUUGAAGGACUACCAGCAGGUCUGCAGCGCGGACCCUGAAGCUGAAUCUCCACACAAAAUGAACGCCAUCGAAGACAUGGUGUGA